GUUUUUGCGGACGGCCAACGUGCGGCAAAUCAUUCUCUGGCUGUUUGCCAGUGGGGACAGAAAAUCCCAUACAGAUGAUCCCAAAGGAAGAAUGAGUGCUGUGGAAUAGCAUCUAGCUAGCAUCUUUUACUUCAUGUAUCUAGAGCGCAGUGAAAGCGAUUGUGAAAAUAGUGGACAUUUGUGCAUAUACGUAUACUUAAACGAAUCUGUCUAAACGAACGAAACAGCAGAUCAACAUGGAUGAAAUGUUGGAAAUGUUCAACUCCUUCAUAGGGGAAGCAUUCGAUCGGGAAAAGGCAAUGGCUGUUGAAUUCACGGAAUUCGAAAAGAAACUUAACGAAUGCGUUACACUGGCCAACGAGCGGGGUACGCCGGUCCAGAACAAGAAGCGUCCAAAGAGACAGGUCUCCAUAAUCGAAAGGGAUGAGGAAGUCACGGGUAGCAGUGAGACGCACGAAGCAGCAUUGAAUAACGGGCAUGAAUCGCAACAAUCAGGAAAGCGAACGUCUGCGACUGAUCUCGCCCCUAACCUUCCGCCUCGGUCAUCGGCCCGCAUGCUGGACGUUGCUGGCAAAGGUCGAGACGAUCAGGCCCCUCAACUCAUGGAAACUAGUAGCGAAUCGAAUGAAAGUACCAUACGCCCAUCGAGAACGGCCCGGUUAAAGGCACAGGAAAAACUGAAAGAACCUACGUUGAAUAGCAAGCUACGUAACGAUGGUGGAACAACCGUAAACAUAAAGAUUGAACGUAGCUCAACCGUCGCCAAUAGCACGCUAGUCCGUGGGGGAAAGGAUAAAUCGACGGAGCAACAAACGUACGAGGAGAUGGAAACGGAGAAUGAUGCGAACCAGGCAAACAGAAUCAUUUCACCGGUGGCAGACAAACGCAACGACGAAGGUUUCUCGAGUGCGACUGAAGCACCAAAGCAGGAGAAUGAUAAACCGCCAGCAACUGUUCGCGAAAUGUCGCUAAUGGUCAUUCCUCCCGUGGUACCCAAGGUGGAGAUUAUUUCCGAUGAGGAGAUGCCUCCACCAAGUAUGCCACCACCGAAGGUCCCUCUACCCAAGGUACGCACGAAAAAGAAGCAAACCGCUGGAGUGAAGAAUAAAAAAGAUGCCAACGAUACAGCGUCCAGUUCGGCCGUUUCAUCGGCUGACUCGACGAUGAACAGCACGAGCAGUACGGUUAGCAGCAACGCUAGCACCAGCACCAGUGGUCGUCCGAGCCGAUUGAAAUCAAAAACGGCAGUAAAACAGCCAGCUGUUCCGACCCCAACGAGUAUGGAGCUGAACGUGGUGAUCGAACCGAUUCGUAUCAAAACGGAAAAACUUUCGAUCGUACAGCGGUCCACUAGUAGGAUGUCCGAUAAGUCCACCUAUGAAGAUGCACACGAGCAACAAAAUCAGCAUCAAGCGGAACGCAUGCAGCUGGAAAAGCAAAUGCGACCACUAAAAAUUGCGCUAGAAAAGAUGCCUCUGCAAGCUGUGUCCCAACCGAACGCAAAGGGUGGCCAAUGUGACCUAAAUGGAACGUACACUCAACCUAUGCCUGCCGAUGGUACAUUCAUUACACCGCCAUCCGUUCAGGAUGGCACAUUUACGGUAAAUUCACCAAUGGAAAAUGCUCCGGGUGAACAGCGGUGUAACGAAACGUUUAAUAUUCCUACCGGUGGUGGAACUCCAUCCGGUCAGCUGGAAAAGCGACCUAACGAUACGUUUGUGAUUGAGAAGCAUGGUUCGGUGAAAGGACAAUGCCCGCCCAAUGUUGGGGAUAUAAUGAUGGCUAACGCGAGCAUUAUGACCGAAGAUGAAUCGGUCAUAGAGAACUCACCGAUCCUGGUGCAACAAUUACCGGAACAGCCGAAAUCUAAACCAACACCCGUCAGACAUAAGGUGGGCCCACCCGUAACAAAUGCAAAGCCGAAGAAUGUUUCCACCUUGAAAAAGUCUGUCAGCAGUGUUGCAUCGAUUGGUACCAAGUCGGCGGCAGAUGCGAAGAAAAAUAAGGAACUUUUCAACCCGUGCGUGAUGAGCCCGAUCAAGAGCCGCAUCGAGGCGUUUGAAAAGUGUGCUACCACCACGUCGAAGAUUGGUACACCGCAAGCCCAGAUCGGACGGCUCAUGAAAACGGUCAGCACACCGACAAUCGGUACGGAAACGCAUGGACUGGUGCGGUCGGCCCACGUCAAACCGCUUGCCUCAUCCGCUUACACCCCGAACUGUGCCUCCCAACCCAUACCGAAAGCAUCAUCAGCCUCCAAGGUUGGUCAGAUGCAGAGUAAAGCCUUACAGCACACCACACGUAGCCAAUCGCGUGACUCUAGCUGGGACCGUGCUACGGCCGGUGGCAGUGGAACACUUUCGACGGCCUCAUCCACCUCGUCCCUGCUGGACGAGAAAAAGAAGAAGCGCGAAGAAAAGCAACGUUUGGCGGCGGCGCAACGGGAAGCGAUGGAGCGCGAGAAGCGCGAACAUGCGGAACGGUUGGUGCGCGAAAAGGAGGAAAAGUAUCGGAAGCUCGUUCACGAAAAGCAGGAAAAGAUACGUAUCGAUGCGCAAAAGAAGGCACGCAAGCUGGAGGAGUUUGAGAAGCGGCGUCUGAUGGAGGAACAGAAGACACUUGCCGAUCAGAAGCGGGAUGAGUUGGCCAAACAGUUGGCCGAACAGCAAAGAAUCGACCGAGAGCUGCUGGACACGUUGAAACAAAAUCAGGUGAAGGAGAACCACGAAGUGAAACUGCACAAGCAGCUGUAUCAGCAGAAGAUGCGUCAGCAGCAACAGCAGCAGCAGGCAGCAAAGAAAAAAUUGGCUGCCGCCCAAACGGAGGUGUUUACGUUCGACAUGAUCGACACAGAUGACACCACGGAUGAGGACGUUGCCGAAGAUCCAAGCGCACCCCGUAAGAAGAAGCGUCCACCACCGCCGGCAUGGUGUCAGAAGUCAUCCAAUUUCCAGCACAGACUUACAAUCCAGGCCCGCAUCGAUACGAAAGUGAUCGAUAGUCUGUUUUCCGUGCAACCGAUGACACCCGAUCUGCGUGUGCUGUUCCCUUCCAUCGAUGCACAAAAGCUGAAGCGAAACUCGAGUGCAAUUUGGCGCACACCGCCACGCCACUCGCAGCUUCCGUGAAACAUUGCCGCGCCGCGAAUGUCACUAGGACAAAUGUGUUUUUAGUUGUAAACUGUACCAGUAAUAGGAAGCUACAUGGACCGAUUCAUGCUCGAUUCUAUUAAACGUUAAGUAUCUCUCGUUGCAAACAUUUGCUUCUCCCAUUAAUAGCGGAUCGUGCGUGUUGUGCAUGGUGGUUGUUGUAAGUUGCGCAUGUAGCGUGUCCUUUGUUUGUUGGAAGAGAAUAUUUCAUGAAUGAUCGUUGAAUGGGACAAUCAUUUCAAGUUUUUGUGGAGAUCACCAUCUUCUCGCACAUUGAUGAUUUUUACUACGUUGAUUAACCACUGAUAUAUUUUUUUCUAGUAUACAUACAGUGCAUUUUAUCUUUG